CAGCUUAAACUCCAGCUCGGCUCCAUCACCUCCACACACUCACUGGCGCCGCGCUGGUGAUCAAAGUUAGCUUGGAUCAUUGUGGUGUUUAAAAUGGAGACACCAGUAGCCAGCGACGGCGUUCCCCUGGCUGCCUUUAGGCCGAACCUUCCGACGCCCGUGCCCAAUGGGAAGACGCCGUCGUCGGGGUUUGAUGAGUCCGGCUAUUAUCAGUGUUACGGUGAUGGCGGCAGCUUGGCGUCGCGUCCGUCUGUGGCCCUGACCGGCUAUGAGACCUUGGACGCCCCCCCACACUACGACUUCUACGCCAACACUCAGGCGUGGGGUCGGCGACGACGCUUCAGACCGUCCCUGUACGAGCUGCACGGCAACCCUGAGGAUAACACCAGACCUCCCUUGUAUGAGGAGACGACAGCAGGGCAGAUGGAAGGAGACACCUCUGAGGAUGAGGUGGACGAAGAAAAGGAGCCUCCAUCUGAGCCCACUCGCUUCGGCUGGAUCCAGGGGGUGAUGAUUCGCUGCAUGUUAAACAUCUGGGGCGUGAUCCUGUACCUGAGGCUGCCUUGGAUCACAGCUCAGGCUGGCAUCGGUAUGACCUGGGUUAUUAUUCUGCUGUCUGCUUCCAUAACUGGGAUCACUGGUCUUUCCACUUCAGCCAUAGCCACCAACGGCAAAGUCAAAGGAGGUGGGACGUACUUCCUGAUAAGCCGUAGUCUUGGUCCAGAGCUGGGCGGGUCCAUCGGUUUGAUCUUUGCCUUUGCGAAUGCCGUGGCUGUGGCCAUGCACACCGUGGGCUUUGCUGAGACCGUCACAGACCUGAUGAGCGAAAACGGAGCUGUCAUGGUGGACAAAACCAACGACAUCCGCAUCAUUGGGGUCAUCACCGUGACGUGUCUGCUGGGCAUCUCGAUGGCCGGCAUGGCGUGGGAGUCAAAGGCUCAGGUCAUGUUCUUCCUGCUCAUCAUGGUGUCGUUUGCCAGUUACAUUGUCGGAACGAUCAUGCCGGCUUCGAUAGAGAAACAAGCUAAAGGUUUCUUCGGCUACAGAGCGGAUAUCUUUGCUACCAAUUUCGUGCCAAACUGGCGGGGGCCUGAGGGCAGCUUUUUCGGCAUGUUCUCCAUUUUCUUCCCAUCUGCCACAGGAAUCCUGGCAGGAGCCAACAUCUCCGGAGAUCUGAAGAAUCCCACUGUGGCGAUUCCUCGAGGGACGCUGAUGGCGAUCUUCUGGACAACUAUCUCCUACAUCAUUAUCUCCGCAACCAUCGGCUCCUGCGUUGUCAGGGAUGCAUCUGGCUCCAUCAACGACACCCUGGCUGCAUCCUCGUCCGCGGACGCCUGCACCGGCAUUUCCUGUGACUAUGGGUGGGACUUCUCGGAGUGUAUCAACAAUAAUACCUGCGCCUACGGCAUCAGUAACUACUAUCAGUCGCUGAGCAUGGUGUCGGCCUUCGCCCCGCUCAUCACUGCUGGCAUCUUUGGAGCGACUCUGUCUUCUGCUUUGGCCUGCUUGGUGUCGGCUCCUAAGGUCUUCCAGUGUCUCUGUCAGGACCAUUUGUACCCUCUCAUCGGAUUCUUCGGCAAAGGUUACGGCAAAAACAACGAGCCGCUCAGAGGCUUCCUGCUGACGUACAUCAUAGCAGCCUGCUUCAUCCUCAUUGCUGAGUUGAACACCAUCGCUCCCAUCAUCUCCAACUUCUACCUCUGCUCCUAUUCCUUAAUCAACUUCAGCUGUUUCCACGCAUCAAUCACCAACUCACCAGGCUGGCGUCCUUCCUUCAGGUUCUACAGUAAGUGGCUGUCUCUGCUGAUCUCUGUGGUUUGUGUGAUCAUCAUGUUUCUGCUGACUUGGUGGGCGGCGCUCAUCGCCAUCGGUGUCGUUGCGUUCUUUUUGGGGUACACACUCUACAAAAAGCCAGAUGUGAACUGGGGUUCUUCCGUCCAGGCUAACUUGUACAACAUGGCCUUGAACCACUGCGUCGGCCUAAACGUUGUGGAGGACCACGUCAAGAACUACAGACCCCAGUGUCUGGUGCUGACGGGUUCUCCUGACAGCCGUCCAGCUCUUGUGGAUCUGGUCAACUGUUUCACCAAAAAUCUCAGCCUGAUGAUGUGUGGAAAUGUGGUCACUGCCGACUCCUCUCCAUCCGUGUUGGAGAAAGCCAGCAGCAACAGUCACACCUCCUGGUUGAACAAAAGGAAGGUCAAGUCGUUUUACAGAGGAGUUGUAGCUCCAGAUCUACGAUCCGGGGUUAACAUGCUGCUGCAGGGUUCCGGUUUGGGCCGGAUCAAGCCAAACGUUCUGGUGAUGGGCUUCAAGAAAGACUGGCAAAGUGACUCGCCUCAGGCCGCACACAACUACAUCGAAAUCCUGCAUGACGCGUUUGACCUCCAGUACGGAGUGUGUGUGCUGAGAAUGAAGGAGGGCUUAGACGCCUCUCGUUCGUCUCAAUCGCACGUUAAUCAAGGUUUUGAAGGAGGACCGGACCGGAUAAGCACCAUCUCUGCUCCUUCCUGCAUUCAAACCAGUGUUUCAUCCUCCAUCACCGUUGAGCCCGAGACUCAGUCCAGCACCGUGUUUCAGAAGAAACAAGGAAAGAAGACCAUCGAUGUGUACUGGCUGUAUGAUGAUGGAGGUCUGACCCUGCUGCUGCCCUACCUGCUGACCCGUAGGAAACGCUGGGCCCGGUGUAAGGUCCGAGUAUUUGUGGGAGGAGAAAAAGACAAAAAGGAUGAGCAGAAGGAGGAGGUUUUGUCACUCAUAAAGAAGUUUCGUCUGGGUUUUCAUGACGUAGAAGUUCUCCCUGACAUCUACGAAAACCCCGAAGCUGUGAACAUCCAUCACUUUGAGAACAUGAUCAGGCGCUUCAAGCUGGAUUCAAACCCCAAACACGAGAUGGACUCUGAGCCUCCGAGUCCACAGGAUGCUCCCUGGAUGAUCACUGAGCAGGAUCUGGAGAGGAACAUGGCCAAGUCUCUCCGUCAGGUCCGUCUGAACGAGGUUCUGCUGGAUUACUCCAGGGACGCAGCUCUUGUUUUGAUCACCGUGCCAGUUGGGAGGAGAGGAGUGUGUCCCAGUUCGCUCUACCUGGCGUGGCUGGACAUCUUGUCCAGGAAUCUCAGAGCUCCAGUCCUGAUGGUUCGAGGGAACCAGGAAAGCGUUCUUACCUUCUACUGCCAGUAAAAAGUCUCCAUGUCUCUGUUAGAACCAUUAAUCAUCUUGUAUAUUGGCUUUUUGCUGUUUAAUCCUUUAUUUUAAUGCUUGGAAAGAUAUUUUCUGAUUACUUUACUCCAAUAUAUUUGCUGUUGUUUGGCCAUUAUGGCUUUAUUUAUUUAUCAACUUUGUGUUAAUAUAUUUUAAGAAACGUCCUGCGGCAAAGAGAUUAUGAAUUAAAAUCCAGACUUUUUUACUUUGAUGGUUAAUCUUCAUGCUGAUUAGGUGCAGCUCUAUCGGUUGCUUAUUGCAUUUCACUCAUUGUGUAUAAAGUCAUCCUGCAAAUCUAAUCCUGUAACAGCGGAGCAAAUUGAUUGUUGUUGUAGUUAUGAGAUCACUUUUUAUGCUCAGUUCAAUAAAAUAUUAUUUUUAAAUUAAA